UAUGCCAAAACCAUUUCUCAAAGAGAUCAACAAAUAGAGAAAGAAAGAAAGAAAGAAAGAAAGCGAGAUCAAAUUGUUGGAGAAACGCGAAUUAAUCCAGAAAUCAAAGAAAGCGUUACUUGACGUUCGUUUGAACAUCGAAAACAUUAACACAAAUGGCAACACGAACUGGUCGCUUGUUUCAAAACCAAAACCUCAAUGUCCACGUUAAUGGAGGAGGAGCUGUUUCUGGGAAGGCUGAUUUAACCGGACAGAGGAAAGUUGGGGCUGGGGGAAGAAAACCACUUGGAGAUCUAUCCAAUGCAGGGAACCUCAUCAACCAAUUUGAUGGAAAGAAAGCCCUUGACGGUUCAUUGAACACAGGCAAACCCUCAGCCUCUGUUAGUCAGGCACCGAAAUUGCACAAGUCAAAGAAUCUUGAAAGUGACAAAAGAAUUCCAGCUUCUGAGAAAUUACUCACUCGUGGCAGGAAAGUACUUUCUGACAUUUCAAACUCUGGGAAGCCACAGGUUCCUGAGAUAAAAAAUAAGAAGACCCUGAAACCAAUAGAGGAGUCUCUUCCCCCCAGUGCAAUUGCCGAAGAACAAAUCUUGCACGAUCAUAAGAAAUGCAUCCAAUCACAGUUUGAAACUGCAGAUGUGCAUCAGUUUUUCAAGACUGUUGGACUUGACGAUGAUUCAGAUGAUCACAUGGAAAUUUCCUUUGAUCUGUCCGCAAUUAGUAAACUGAAGUCUGAGAGUGCAUAUUUGGAGUUGGAGGAGGUAACUGAGUGGUUGCCUGAAGUGCACUCUCUAUCUGCUCUGCAUGGUGGUUCCCCAGCAGUAGUACACUGCAAGACUCCAGGCUUGUCAAGUUACAGAACAAUGUGGAAUGAUUCUACUGUCAAUUUCAAGUUGAUAGAGACACCAAAAUUGUCCAAAAAAUAAUUUCUCCGGCAACAAUGUAAAGAACUUGAUAUGGUGGAAGUCUGCUAGUAUUAGAUAUUUUGUGCCACAUAAUAUGUGUUGGCAAUGAUCCGGUGGUAUUUUUUCGGUAGACAUGUUUUUGUUCGUCUUAGAUUUAUUUUGUGCCACAGAUGGUUGGCAAUGAUUGUGAUAUUUUUUGGUAAAGACAUGUUUGUUCAUCUUAGAUUGGUAAUAUGAAAAGGUUUUAUUCUUAUGUGCUUUCA